UUAUUGACGCGUUUUCAUUUCACCAAACCCUCUUCUCCUCCCUUUUGCUCCCUCUCUCUCGCUCUCUCUUGCAUUUUUGUUGAUUUGCCUUUGGCUGUUUUACUUGGUUUUUGUUUUUGUUUAACUGCCUCUCUGAAAUAUCGGGGAUCUUUAUUUUCGUGAAUAAGGCGCAUUUUCUCUGUUAUCAUUAGCCUGAUUUUACUCGAAUAUGAGGUUGGAGGAAGAGUUCUCUCAUUGGGACCACUGCGACGAAGAGGAGCAACCCGAAACGAUGUCGCAAUGUUCCAUCGGAGGUUUGCAACAACAACAACAACAGAAGCUUGUUGUUGUCGGUUAUGCCCUUACCUCUAAGAAAAUCAAGAGCUUUUUACAACCCAAGUUCGAAGGUUUAGCCAGGAAUAAGGGGAUAUUGUUUGUUGCAAUUGAUCAAAAUAGGCCUCUUUCAGAUCAAGGUCCUUUUGAUAUUGUAUUGCAUAAGAUGACUGGAAAAGAAUGGCGCCAGGUUCUUGAGGAUUAUAGACACACACAUCCAGAAGUCACGGUUCUUGACCCUCCUGAUGCUAUACAACAUUUGCACAAUCGCCAAUCCAUGCUACAAUGUGUUGCAGACAUGAACUUAUCCAGCUCUUAUGGAAAAGUUGGUGUUCCUAGGCAAUUAGUAAUUAAAAAAGACGCAUCAUCCAUUGCUGAUGCUGUAAACAAAGCUGGGCUGAUACUACCCCUUGUGGCGAAGCCAUUGGUUGCUGAUGGAAGUGCAAAGUCACAUGAAUUAUCACUUGCUUAUGACCAAUACUCUCUCGAGAAAUUAGAACCCCCACUUGUUCUUCAGGAGUUUGUUAACCAUGGAGGUGUUCUCUUUAAGGUUUAUAUUGUUGGAGAAGCCAUUAAAGUAGUUAGGCGUUUCUCUUUACCUGAUGUCACUAAAAGAGAGCUCUCCAAAAUUAAGGGUGUUUUUCGGUUUCCACGGGUUUCCUGUGCUGCAGCUUCGGCAGAUGAUGCAGAUUUGGACCCUAGUGUGGCUGAACUUCCCCCUCGCCCUUUACUUGAAAGACUGGCCAAAGAGCUUCAGCGGCGCCUGGGUCUUCGGCUAUUUAACCUAGACGUUAUCCGGGAGCAUGGAACCAGGGAUCAUUUUUUUGUCAUUGACAUAAACUACUUUCCUGGGUAUGGGAAAAUGCCUGGCUAUGAACAUAUAUUUACGGACUUUCUCUUGAGCCUAGGACAGAGUCGAUACAAGAAAAGAUUGAGCUAGAAACUUUAUGAAAGACUAGGACACCCCAAAAGCAUUAGAUGGUGCUGUUAAAUAAUCACAUGA